AUGGCCUGGGACCUGAACCGUCUGCCCCGCAUCUCCCUGCACUCUACGAGCUUAGUCAGGGCUCCGGAAGUUGCCCUCGAGAUCAGCCGCAGGGCAGUUGAAGAUCAACUAAAGAUAUGUGGCUUCAAGAGGGAUGCUGAUGUCUUGGAGCUGUUCCUUUCUCAAAAGGAUCUGACAGAGGUCAUUGAUCUAUCUAGGUUUAAAAAAUUAAAAUACUUAUGGCUACAGCACAACAAGCUCCAGGGAAUAACAUUUUUAACUAGAAACUAUUGUCUGGUAGAGCUGUAUCUGAACAACAAUGCCAUAUUUGACAUAGGAGGCCUGCACUCUCUGCCUUCAUUGUACUUACUCCUGCUACACCACAAUGAGCUAACAAACAUUGACGCCACAGUGAGGGAAUUAAAGGGGAUGCCAAAUCUGAAGAUCCUAACUCUCCACCAAAACCCUUUGUGCCAAUAUAACCUGUACCGUCUAUAUAUAAUCUGCCACCUUCCAGAAGUAGAAUUUCUUGACCGAAAACAAGUAACAGAAGACGAAAGAAGAGCAAUGAUUACCAUUUUUCACCAUGAAAGAACUCAUAUCAUUCAAUCAAUAGCAUUCAGAGGAAGAGUAGAUGCCUCGUGGAAUCCUAGAGCACCAUUUAAGCAAAAACCAGCCCAGAGAGUACCUCCAGAUUUUGCAUUUGCGAAUAAUGUAGACAAAACUGUGUUCGAUGACCCAGAAGAUGCUGUGUUGGUAAGGUCCAUGAAGAGAUCUGCUAUGGCUAUUACCUCCCUGAACUGGGACACAGUUCCAACACGAGAGGAAAAAUACCUUGAUGAGAAAGACAGAGAACCUGCUCAAAUGCUCACAGUUACACUAAGAUAAACCCUAGUAUUUCUAGAAAUCCUAGUGAAUUUCUGUUGUUUAUUAAACUUCCCUGUGAUUA